AUGAUCAGUAGAUCAAAAAUUCGUCGGAGUAGGGAUACCAGAGUGACCCUUUCACCAGGAGCCACCAGCUCUUCUUACACGGAGGGUGCUGGGUUUGUCAGUUUUUUCUCUGCUCGUCUCUCCCUGCCCCCCCAUAAAUCUGAAAAGGGGCAGCGAGGAGGGACGGGGACUCCAGAGCGCUUUCCCAUCCGGGCUCGUCAGGCCCUGAAUCAUCCCCCUCAGCCAGCAGCAUUCGAGACUUUCCCUCGAAGAAUCUGUCUUGGGCAGAUCGAGAAGAGGAAGCUGCGGGAGAAGCGGCGCUCCACUGGCGUGGUCAACAUCCCCGCGGCGGAGUGCUUAGAUGAAUAUGAAGAUGAUGAAGCAGGACAGAAAGAGCGAAAAAGAGAAGAUGCAGUUACACAACAGAACACAAUGCAGAAUGAAGCUGUCAGUUUAUUAGAUCCAGGCAGUUCCUAUUUGCUACAAGAGCCAUCUAGAACAGUUUCAGGCAGAUACAAAAGCACAACUACUGCCUCUGAAGAAGAUAUCUCAAGUAGAUAUCCCCGAACAGAUAGAAGUGGGCUUGGCAGAUAUAACAGGGAUGCAAAUGCUUCAGGUAAUUUGGUCUCAAGUAGCACAUUGGAAAAGAAAAUUGAAGACCUUGAAAAGGAAGUAUUAAGAGAAAGGCAAGAAAACUUAAGACUUGUGAGACUAAUGCAAGAUAAAGAGGAAAUGAUUGGAAAACUCAAAGAAGAAAUUGAUUUGUUAAAUAGAGACCUAGAUGACAUAGAAGAUGAAAACGAGCAACUAAAGCAGGAGAAUAAAACUCUGUUGAAAGUUGUUGGGCAGCUGACAAGGUAGAAGAUUCAGGCUCAGUGUGGAAAAGAUAUUUUAAAACUACUGAUUGAAUGUUACAGUUAACGCUAGGACCAUUAUUCCUGUGCUGCAAUACAUUAAGUAUGUAUAUUUAUUUCUGGAAAACAGUGGAUGUUUAUUUCAAAAAGAUUUCUUUUUCAUUGUUAGUUUCAAAAAGUAUCUACUUUUUAUUUCACGAAUAAGUAACAUCUUUCAGUUAUUAAAAUGAUAACUCUUUGGUUUUGUGUGGUAUUCAAAUAAUAUAUGGUUUAAAGUCACAACCAUUUGAAUAUAUUUUAUCUAUGGUAGUGCAUUUUCUCCCUAAAGGAAUAUACAUAGUCUUUGUUUACAUGAAUUCAAAUACUUUUGGGAGUUACCUGCAAAUGCCUUAUUAAUGAGGUGUUCAACCUUUUAUGUGUAGGUGAUUUACUCAUAAAGGUCUUUGUCUGCUGUCAUGUGUUCUUUCAAUUUAAUCUAACCAAUUUAGAAUAAUGUAGAGUCCCACUAUUUUGUGUAACAGUCAUCUUUAAAAAGGAAAGCUAUUAUAAAAAGUCACUUAAUAUCAUGUACUAACUAGGUUAAAUACAAAAUUUAAGAGAAUACUUGAAUUGUGCUAUAGUAAAUUAAAAUGUACUAUUUUGUAUUUGAAUAUUGAAAAAAUUAAAAUCAUGUUAACUUCUGAGGAACAUACAUUUGUAAGUUUAAUACAAAAUUUCUUAUAUAGGUACUACCUUUUUUAGGUUUAUAAGUGAACAUGGGAUAUUUAAGAAGUUGUUUAUUCAUCAAGCUUGGAGAGAGCAUGCAAUUUUCGUGUAUAAGAAAAUAAAUUCAUAUCUUUAAUUAUCAUAUGCAUUAAAAUCAAAACCAAGAUAUUUAUUCUCACUAAAAUCAUUUAUACUACAUUAUGAAAGAGUACAUAAACAGAGCUAGUAUUGAAAUACUUGGCUUAAUUUCUAACUGAGAGAAUAAUACUGACACAGUUGUUCUCAUAUGAGAGAAUUAUUGCCCUACCUCAAAUUUAAGGGAUUUUCUUCCUAACAUUGGAUUUUUAAAAAAAUAAUUAUUUUGAAGAAUUAUACAUAUUUUCUUUUUUAUUAAUUAUCAUUAGUAUUUAGAGUUGUUUUAUAUUACAUUUUCAUGUUGAGUAAGGAAAUCCCCUCCUUUAAAAUAACAUUAAUAUUAAGAAAUGUAUACCUGAUAGUUGAGUCUCAAACAGUAUACUGACACCCAUUUAUCUAAUAAAUACACAUCAGUGGCUUGAACAUAGUAAAAUGCAUUUUUGGCUUCCCCACUGAUUCCUUUUCCUUCACUUGCCAAGCACCUUCAUUAUUCACUAUUAGAAAAAUGGGAAGGGUGAGACAGUUGGAAAACAUGGAGAGUAAAUGAUGAAAAUCAGAUGUCAAGUUCUAAAACUCUCUGCAGUGACUUAGAGUCCUCCCACACACCCUUUUCCCCUUCAGAAGUUUUAACCUUGACUGAUCAUCAGUAUUACUUGGGUGGCUUAAAAAGAGGUUUCCUGGCUGUAGUUCCUAGAUAGGUUUAGACUGAGACCCUGGACAGAAUUUUUAAAGCUCACCAUCUGAUGAUUCUGAUCAUAAGUUUGGAAACAGCUACUGUUGCCUCUUUCCUUCUAUACCUUCCAUUGAAGACUCUGGAAUUAACAUAAUUUUAGCUACUAGCAUUUUUUUCCCUUUUAGUUUAUUUAAUAACUUGGUCACUGGGGAAGUUUUCAUAUGUCCAUGCAUAUUAACCAACAAGUUCAGUGUUAAAUUACCAAACUUGACACAGUUGCAGAAUUACUAUGUAAGUGCAUCCUUUUUGGAGAACAUUACCCUACAUGGGACGGUGAUCCACUACCCACAUGUCAGGUGGUCUGCCAGGCUCAGUUACCACCUUUGGCUUGAGGUACUCAUCUCCCUUUAGUUACCCUUAGUUAGGUAUGUGGCAAAAGGAUCGGCAUUGCCUAGUUUCCCAUCCACACUUUGGAUGUUGUGAAAAUGCUGUCAGUUUCUAGCUUUAACAUAUUAGUGUGCUAGUUUUUCCGUAAAAGAAGUAUUUUGUAUUUUCUGUGUAAUUCAUGUGUAAGUAAAGGAAUAUUCCAUGUCCCUUUUAAAAAUUAUACCAGUUGUUAAUACUUAAAGACUGAACAGUUUUAAAUUUUUUCCUUUUCUUCAGUUUAUUGGAAAUAUUUCCGUCAAUGAUCUUUUACAUGCUGGUACCUGGUACAUAUGCAGUGCCUGAGAACUUAGGCAAAGCUUCCACAUGCAGUUCUUCCUUGAAAUACGUGUGUAUGUCACAUACAGAUUUUUACACUGAUUAUUGAAAAAUAAAGUAGGAUCUGCUGCAAUAUCCCUUUAAAAUUUGUAAAAUAUUGAGAUUUUGAAAAGGUAUCUUAAAUACAUGUGCACCACCGUAGAAAAGUUGGCUAUUGUCAGUAAAGUGCUAGUAUUUGUGAAACUAGUUCCAUUCAGAAAGAAUAUUUCUUAUAUUUCCUGGGAAUUUGUGGCAUAAUAAAGCAUAUCCAAAGUUAUCAUGUGUUUAUGAUAUUAUUUUCAAAACAAUAAGGUUAUUAACUUUCAAAUGAACAGGACUUGCCUCCGUGAUUUUCGGUAUGCAUUAACUUGAGAAUUGAUGAAGUAAUCUGUUUCAUUUUUCUAGACUUGUUAUUAAUUUUAUUGCACUACAGUUACCUUCAGAGGGGAAAAGGAAGGUGUUAGGGUAUGUGUUUGUAAGGGAAUUUACUAAAUACAGUAGAUUAGCACUGUCACACUUGAUCAAGUAGUUUAAAACAUUAGAAACUUAAGUAUUGGGGCAGAUACAUGAAGCAGUCUAUUCUUUAAAAUAACUUUUUAAUUGUGGUAGAAGCAAUGUAUUCUUAAGGUCAAAAACCUACCUCAAUUACAUGUGUUUUAUGUUUUCUGGGUUAAUCUGGAUUUUUAUAAUUAGAAAUUAAAAUGCAAGAUUUUGCAUCCACUAAUAUUUUGUUGAAUAUAAUACAAGUCAGUGUAUUAGACAUGUCCAUAUGUUCAACACCAUAAGGCAGAAUAGGAAAGGCCUUGAUUUGGUAAUUGAUCUGAUGUCCUAGACAAUAUUCACAUGUACAGUGAUAGUCAUCUUUCAUCUUCUUUGUAGUUUUAUGAUCUUGAGCCUGUGCCUGGUAAGUUCCAUGCAAUGUUGGUACUUACAUGCUUUUGUUAGUAAUAUGUUAAAAGAGUCAGGCAUAUAUUUUCAUCUUGUAAUAUAAAAACCAAGUGCAUCAGCUUUUCAUUGAGAGGAGUAUGUUAAGUGAGAAGGAACUAGCAUUCAGGAAUCUGAACUUAAAAAUAACAUGUUAAGGUCAGGGCUAAACAGUCUGUUAUUGUAUCUGAACCACUCCUAAUAUGUAACAGUAAAUUUCUUUUGUGUUGGAAUUAUGCUCGCUCUCAUAAAUAACGAACAUCCCAUUGACUAGAAUUGUAAUUUAUAUUACUUAGAACUUAGUGACACUUUUUCUUUUGUAGUUCCACUAAACAGAAAGCAUAAUACCAAUAAACAAUGAAAAUUUUCCUCAUGUGCCUCAAAGGCACUUCCCCCCAUGCUAAUUAGUUUGUCGGUGAUGUAUAGAAGUUGGUUGUUUUAUUCUCAGUCUAAAGACUUGAACCAUUACCCAAGAAAACCUAAGCCCAUACUUUUUUAUUUUACUUAGCUAGAAUCUCAUAUCAUGUUAAAGUCAUACCCUCAUCCCCAAAAUAAUUAUGUGGGAGUACGUGAGAAGAAUAUGGAUGAGAGGGUUACAUUAAAUUUUCAUACCCAUUCUUUUAGCAAGUAUUUAUUAGUCAACAGUUACAGAUAUUUCAGAAGUUUUUAAAAAAAUGGACAUGGACCAGCCCUUCCAUCUAGCAGUGUACAGCUAUGUGGUCUGAGUCAGUAGCACAAAGUGCGAUCAUAAGUAGCAUUAACCAGUCUAAUCUGAAUAGUUCAUUCAAAAGGAUUUUUUGUAUUUAUUAUUCAGCCAUUGUCUUUUAGGUCUAGUUAGUAGGUACCAUUUAAUGUGCUGCAGCAUUUACUGAGUGUUGGCGUGAAAGACCUGUUGGGAAGUAUUGUACCAUAUUUCUUUUAGGUAAUUAUGUAUUUGAAAAGAACAUUUUAAAGGAAUUUAUAGCAGUAAUGAAGUAAAAAGACUUCAAUGUAUGUCAGAUACACCAAACUGUUGAUGUAUUCAAGCAUGAUUUUAAGUUAGUUUUUCUUUAUAUAUUACUGAUUACUGGUUCGUUUUAGGUAUUUAAGUCUAAUAAACAGUUGACAUAUGGACAGUCACUGUGGUAAUAAUAGAAUGUUAGUCAUGGUCACUUGAUGGACAUUUAUUACAUGCCUGUUUUGUUUUGUUUUGUUUCCCCCCUCUGGAUACCUAAUGUGUGUGUGUAUAUUACUUUUCUCUUGAAAAAUUUGGCUAUGCUAUUCAGGUUUUUUAUUACUAUGUUUUUCUUCUAAGUUUAAGCUACCAGCAAAGACCAUAUGAAAGCUAAAAUUUGCUUUUGAAAAAUCAGCUUAUUAAGGUAAUCCAAAUAUUUAGAAAAACAUCUGGAUAAUUUUUUGGCCCAUAUUAGUAUUGUGUAGAUACCUUUCACAAUUCCCAUUGCAUAGGAUUUCAUUAUGGAGAGUAGUCAGCUUGAUUCACUUUAAUAUGCUUUGCAUGUAAAAUAAUACUCAAUAAAAAAAGUAAAUUUUCAUUUAUUUUUUAACACUGGUUAUUUUCUUACUGUACUGUCAGUAAAACCCUGAUCAUGAGUUUUACUUUUGAAAUUAAAUGCUAAUAUUCUAAUUAUCUUAUGUGCCUCUUACUGAAACAGUAUGCAGUACACUAAAAUUUUUAUUUAGUAUAUUAUUAUAGAAGGUAUAAUGUUUAAAAAAACAAUACAGAGUGGAUGAGAUCUGACCACAUUAAUGGUGAGGAUCCUUGAAUAAGUGAGGUUGACAUUUCAACCUGACUGAAAAUUUUAAUUAUGUUUGUGUUUUAAAACUACAUGAGUGAUUUCUUAAUUCAAAAUAAGAACUGUUAUCAGCUACGUCUGAUGGUGUUCAAAGAAUUUCAGGUCCUUCAUAGUUUGAAAAAGAUAAGUAGAGGUCUGAGAAUGUAAAAAUCCUGUCUCUCUUUUUUCAGUAAAUGGUUUACAUAACUUUUGCUAAUGUGCCGUUCUUCAUACACCUGCACAAGCUAAUCAGUCUUCUUUACUUCUAGAACUCGUACGUUAAUCUUUUCAGUAAUGUCCUACAUGUCUAACAAGUGCACAAGCAUCGUUCAGGCAGAAUGUUUAGAUAAUGUCUCAAGUCCUUUCAUAAGAACACACUCCAUUCCUGGAGCAAGCCUGUUGAAAAAAUCUGUGAGGUCUGUUAGUUAUAAUUGAAACUGGAGCCAUUUAUCUUAGACUUCAUCAAAUAUCUUUUUAAAAUUCUAGAUUUACUCUGUGCACACAGUUCUAUCAGUAGCUGUAAAAAGCCCACAUAUUUUCUUAAUCUCAUGCUUCUAGUUUCUCUUUUCACCUCUACAAGAGGUUAUGUUUUAUUCCUGGUCAACUUCUUGGAAAGAAUUUAUGUAAUGUUGGACCUUCAUGUUAAAGAGAUAGAUAAAAAGAUAUAAUAUCUUUUACGAUCCAUUCAUUUUAUUUUGAUGUCUAAGCAGGUAAAGUUAAAAAGGAAGCUAGAAAAUGAAACUUCCCUCUUUUAAUACUGGACCAAAUGAAAAAUUUUACUCUAACUUUCAAAAAACUUCUGUGACUGAAUAAAGAUGCCUUUAAGAGGAAAAAGCUCUCUAUUUGGUGUCAGAUAGUUGAGCAAUAUGAAGACAAUUAAGAUGAGCCAAUUAGGAAAGGUAGAUUGGGCUUUGACCUUCUAUAUGUGAAAGAAAAACAAAUAAGACUUUUGACUGCUGUGUAUGUUUUUUAAUUAAAAUUAAAGUGUGCAACAUUAUUCAGUAGAAAUUAUAGUUUUAAUUCAUAUAUGAUCAGUUGCCAUCCUUUAGAUAUACCAUGGGCCAUGAAAUUCGCCAUCUUUAUAUUAUGCUAUAGGCUUUUAUCCAGAGAAAUAUGUAUUCCUUUAAAAUGUGAACUAUUUACGUGGUUAAACAAAGAUUGAUAUUAUCAGUGGACAUUUCAGUUUUAUGAAAGCAAUUUAAGAAAAAUUAGUAGAAAGGUAUCUGAUUUCUCUCAUGAUUUUUAGUGCAAAAGCAUAAAUAAAACUAUCAGAGACAUAGGAAAUACCAUUUGAAGAACCUUCAAGUCACUUUUGGUAAAAAUACAUUCAUUUGAUAAAGUGUUAAAAAAAAGUUGGAUGGUUAUUGGCUUUCCAUAGCAGAUUGAAAGUUUCAUGUUCAUAUGAUUCAGGACAGUGAACAACAUCACUAAUUUAUAGUAAAAUUAUGCCAGCAAUUCUCAUAUUAACUGUAUUAUUUACUGUUUAAAGUAAACCAGUGAAUCAAUGAAAAUUGUAAUGAAUGAGUAAAUGGACACUUCAGAAAUGCUAAAUGAUGAUCAUAUGAGGCUGAAAAGUGCCUCCCAUUUCUUAUAACACUUUUAAGAUCAAUAUACCUUAAGAACUGAGUCACUACAGCUAAGGAUAGUGACUCAUUUAACAAUAUGAAUAUAACUUUUACCCUACUUUAGUAUAGCAUAAAAACAUUCUGUAGUGCCAGGCAUUGUGUUAAGUGAUUUAAAUAUUGUUUUUAUUUGAUUCUUUAGAACUUAUGCAAGGUACAGACUGGGAAGGGUAGUUGCCCAAGGUUAGUUACAGAGUGACUUGUUGUGCCUUAUGCUAUGACAUACUCACUUUUAUGACAUAAUCACUGUCCUACUGAAUAUUUUGCCAGUGGUUCUCAAAGUGUGGUCCCCAUACUAGUAGCUUUGGCUUCACUUAGAAACCUGUUAGAAAUACAAAUUCUUGGGCCCCACCCAACACCUGAAUGAGCUGAGGCCCAGCAAUCUAUGUUUAAACAAGCCCUUAAGUGAUUCUGAUGCAGGUCAAAGCUUGCAAAUUUGCAUUAUACAUUUUUAUUUUUAGAUUGUAAAAAAAGUGGUCUUUUUAAAAAAUUUUUUUUAUUGCUUACAUUGCAAAAGACUGUAUCAGGAAAAGCCUCAGCAUGGAUAUUGGCAGUUUGACAUAAACCCAUUAGUUUUAGCAGUAUCUCUGGAACACAAAUGAAUUCUUAAGUCUAAGAAACUGUGGGACAAAAUCUUUGUUUAUCUGUUAAGACCGAUCUCUGUUAUUGCCUGAAGGUUUUUGGUAACAAUAAUGCAUUUUUGUUAAAAUUUAAUACUUUAUUGAAACAAAUAAAUACUUCAUCGCAGUUA